ACCUUAAGUGUGUAUGAUCUAAUAAUGAUUAGCUUGGGUUCGAUAAUUGGUAGCGGUAUAUUCGUGUUAACCGGUGAAGCCGCUGCUACGAAGGCGGGACCGGCCGUGAUCGUUUCGUUUAUACUGGCCGGAAUUACUGCAAGUUUUGCGGCCUUAUCCUAUUCCGAAUUAACUUCGAUGAUUCCGAUUUCGGGUUCUUCAUACACUUUCGUAUACGCAACGAUGGGUGAACUCCUGGCUUGGAUAAUUGGCUGGGACCUAAUCUUAGAAUAUUUAGUUGGAGCUGCCGCGGUUGCUGUUGGGUGGUCAGGUUAUUUUGUUAGUUUCUUUGCAGAUUGUGGCGUGACACUUUCGAGCUCAUGGACUAGUGCUCCUGUAAAAUAUGACACCAAAUCAAGUGAAUUCCAUGUAAUUCCUGGAGCCUAUUUCAACGUGCCAGCUUUUGUGGUCGUGAUAUUCCUUACCAUACUCUUAACAAUAGGAAUUAAAGAAUCAGCUAGAGUGAAUUCCGUGGUUGUCAGCAUAAAACUCAUUGUGAUAGUAAUCUUUUGCAUAGCUGCAGGAACUCAUGUGAACCCGAAUAAUUAUAAACCAUUUAUUCCGCCAAACGAGGGUACAUUCUCGAGAUUUGGUAUUACCGGUGUUCUGGCUGGUACUACUGUAGUAUUCUUUGCAUUCAUCGGGUUUGAUUCAAUCUCAACUACGGCGCAAGAAACUAAAAAUCCGCAGAGAGACGUUCCGAUCGCUAUUUUGACUAGUUUUACUAUUGUCUCAGUUCUCUAUGUUGCUGUUUCGUAA